GGUUUAAGUCGGCCUGCGUUCAGCUUCUCUCUCUCGACCGUUCUCGUACCGUUAUUCCGACGUAACUCGCGUCGCGUCGCUUCACGCACUCGUGUGUUACACACGCGUCUCGUCCCACGAGCCUAAUCUGGUACCGAAAUAUCGCAUAUAAAGCGUUUCAUAAAUUCCAUGUGAUUAAAACGAGUAAAACGUUAUAAUCGCCGAGACGACCAGCGUAUAGGUACAAAAAACACUCGACUCGUGUUUCUUCGCGCGAGGAACCAAAACGACGAAGGUCAUCCCCGGUGAACUCGAGCGAAGGGACAGUUACAAACAAAUACCGCGAGUAACUCCGAACUCCGAGUAGACCCGAGUCAUUCGAGGAAUCGUAAUCGCGCGGUGACUUUCGGGGCACUCGGUAGAUGCGUCGGCGACGCGCCGGUAGCAACUAAACAGCUGACUGUUCUAAAACCGCGCUUAAACAAGCAAACCGAGGGGGGCUCGCGAAAACAGCGGCGGAUCAAUGCGCGACGGUGCGAGGAGAGACGUUUUUGUACAUGCAUGCGGCUCGAACUAGGCUCCGUGCUCCGUGGGAUUAACUCGCGGGCGGAUUAGAGAGACAAAAGUCGGCGCCGGGCGCGCUCGCUCAGCCCGCGAAGCGAAGUUGAGAGAGUGUAAAACGGAGCACGCGCGCGCGGAGAUCGCGAGAUCGGCGAGUGAGAAUGUCCGAGGCAACCACGGUGCUACUGAAGAAGCGAGAGCGGACGCAGAACUGGAUCCCCGAGGAGAAGAGCGCCCUGUUCGCCCUGAUCAAGCACCACGUGAGCGCGAUCGAGAACAAGAAGAUCGACGCGGGCGCGUCCGCGAUGAAGUCCAUCGCCUGGCAGCAGAUCUACUGCGCGUUCCGCGGCCGAUUCUCCGCCGAUCGGGACAUCACCAGGAUCCGGGAGCAGUGGCGGCGGAUGAAGGCCCAGGCGAGGAUGGAGAUGUACACGUACGCCGAAAAGGUGCGAACCCUGGGACCGGAAGUGGCCGCCAAGUCCCGUCCGUCGAAUCUGUCGAUCGAGGUGUGGCGACUGAUGGAGAACGUGCGCAAGAACGAUUGCGAGAUCGUCGAUCGUUCGGACGACAGUAGUCAGGACAACGAGAAUUCGACGAGUCGGAUGUCGAUACACGCGAUCUUGGAUAAACUCACGUUACCCACGGAAACGUCAGGGCCGGGGCAGGAGAUUAAGAUCGAGGUGAACAGCGACACCGAGGACGAGAACAGUCACGGCGAGGUGUCGCGGAAAGCGUCGGAGGAUGAUCUCUCGCACCGGAAGCGUCCCAGGAUGACGGCCGGGGAUGAGCCCGUAGAUCUCGUCGAGCAAAAAAACACUUGCCCCGACAGCGUGUCGACAUCCCGUGUCGAUUUUGCGGUGGAGCACGGCGACGCGAGGAACGAGUCGUCCGCCGACUGGAACGGCGGCCUGGCGACCUGCGACAAGGACAAAUCGGUGCAGAGGGCGACGUGGAUCUUCAAGUCUACCCAGCGUGAGCACGAGAUCAAGCUGCGGAUGCUGCACAUCGAGCUGGAGCGCGCGGAGCUGCAGAAGCAGACCGCCGUCAACGAGCUGAAGACAUCCGAGCUCAAGAAGCAGCUGAUGCAGGAUCAAGUCGACGAGUACUACAGUCAUGUGAGGAUGGCUGGAGAACGCGGUUCGGGUGCUGGCAAGGGAGGAGGUAGCGGUGGUGCUAUUCGUGACGCUGGUGGUUCUUUUGGAAAAAUGGAAGCUGCCCACGAAGACCAAUACUUCUACAACCUGCAAAAGCAACAGAUACAAAAGAUGCGAGAGAGCCUGCAUGACGAGAUCUCAUUCCACGAGGAACAGAUUAAGCGCCAUCAGGAGGCUAUAAAUCGCCACAAAAAACGGAUUUCAGAUAUGGAAGAGAAAGAAUGAAUGGAAAAAAUUAUAUUACCGUGAUACUCUCGAUUUCCGCGGCUAUACUAUUGAUUUUGAUGCAAAGAAAAUAGAUCGAAAAUAGUAGAACUAACAGAGUAUCACCAGUCUUCUUAUGUAUAAAAAACUGUUACAUAGAUAUUAAAUACAAUGCUCUUAAUAUAUACAUAUAUAUGUUACUUAAGCAUUGAAUGGUAUUUCCUUGAAUAUCAUAUGGAUCGUUUAUUUUGGCGAGACGAUACCUUUGUACUUAAAACGUUUGGAAGACACUCACACUUGGAAAUAAAACGUGUUUUUCAUUGUUGCUUAA